GCCAGACGCAAAAAAGCCAAAGCACAGCCGCCACGAACACGCAAACGCUGUCAAGAUGAACUCCAAGCAGAUUGCCGCUGUCCUGCUCUGCGCCAUUUUCGUGACCUCAAGCCUGUACACCUCGAGCGCCCUCGACUGCUACGACUCGUCAAACUGCGGUCUGUGCAGCUACUGCAGCCGCCGCAACGAGUGCCCAAAUGGAGACGGCACGCAGGCGGCCAAGGAUGCAUGCGUAUGCAGCUUCCAGUGUGGGAGCGGCAGGGGCUGUAACAGCCCAAUCUGCAGUGGCAGGCGCAAGCUCCUCGGCGAGGGUUCCAGCGACUGGUCUGACCUGACCCCCGACAUGCUCUUCUGAGCCCCUGUGCUAAUUACCUAAGCAACCUGCUAACUACCUGACGUGAGCGUAUACGUGCGCGCAUGCGAUUGAUAGUGUGACCUUGGCUGAAAGCCAUGUGGCGUUGAAGAUGUCCUUGAACGACCUAUUUUCAGCCAAAGAGUGGCUGAAGAUAGUAGUCUGAAGGUAUUUUGGGCCUUUCAUUGUUGGUUUUGGGGCCAGUUUAGCUUGGAAAGGGCAGAUCGUGGCUUAUGUGCAAUUGUGAGUUAUAUGAUUUAAGCCCAUCUGCAGCUUCCAAGCGGACAUAAAAAGCCACAUAUUGUGCCGCUGUACCUGUUGACAUGCACUGGCUUUUGAAUGUCACCUGAUUAAAUCAAUGAGCGAUUGACGCAAUACCUGUAUUCACCUGUUGAGACUUUGAGGCAUGCAUAUGCUUGCAUCAUUAUGAUCACGGCACACGCUAUUUUUUCCAUCCGGCUGUGUCCCUUUGCAAUGCUGCCACCCAUGGGUCGAUCUCAUGGAUUUUAGGUC